CGAUGUGGCCGCUGCAUUCACAGGCGACGAGGCGGUCUGACGGAGUCUGGAGUCAAAUUCCUGAACACGUAGGACUCCGCGCGCCGCGCCGCGCGCACUCCCCGGAUAACGGAUCGCUGAUCGCUCUCUGACGGGACGCGGGUUUUAAUUCGUUUUGCCACUUCUUGCCCCUUUUUCCGCACCGAACCGAACCGUGAUUUCUUUUUUUAACCCAAUUGCUCCACAAGAAACAUGACAUGAGGAUCUUUGUCUCUCCAGAACCGACUUGCGUUCACGCGCAAAAGCCCCACUUGUUUGGCCGCGGAGAAGACGCGUAAGAGUACGUGAAGUACUCGUAGUCGAUUCUGUCAGGGAGGGUUCUUUGUGGACGAGGGAGAGCGUGUGAAAAGCCGGUUUGAGACGUCAUUCCGAAGCGAGGACAGAGAAGAAGAAGAAGAAGAAACAUAACAGCCUGCAGGGCUCAUUUUUCCAUAACGGAAAUGAGAUCAGUGCCGUUGGCUGGCGUCACUUCUUACUGAAACAUGGUCGAUGAAAGCGGCACCGGGAUGUGAGACGCGCCGACCCGGGCCGCGCACUGCUUGCUGUCAGCAGAAACAUGUUUGCCGGACUGAUGGGGCUGAAAUGUAGGAGCAACUCUCUGCUCCAGCACUGCGAAGUCAUGGAAGGUGGCAGAGCAUCUGGCACAGCUGGCUGCUCCGCUCGUAAGAGGCUCCACCGAAGACCGGGCGACCUGAGAGGAGAGCAGUCCAGACCACAUAGCACCACUCAUGGGCAGGAGGAGGAGGAGGACGAGGAGGACAAGGAGGACGAGGAGGAGGAGGAAGAGAGGACCACUUGUAUUAAGAACGGAACAUCCGGUCGUCACGGCGACAUCUUUGGGGCAACCAACGCUCGGAUUGAGCAGCAUCCAGAUAAACUUAAAUGUAGCUCAUGGGAGAGUCUUCUCUCCUCUGUUUCCCAUCAUCUUCCUCAUGUGGACUACGGCGCCAGUAAUGGUGCCUCCAGCCACCGGGGUCCGUCCUCUUCGCCUCAGAAGGAACUCGGGUUGAGCCCGGCCGUCCGGUCCUCACCAGAGGACUCCUUCAACUCCAGCUUCAGUUUCAUCCGGCAGUCCCUCAACUCCAGCCAGAGGACGGACGCCACUAGUGCGCCGCCGUCCUGGCAACCAGAACCACUAUGUCAGUCAACUGGGGCACUCGGCCCGCCUAUGACUAAACCAGCGGCCUCGUCCGUUGGGCAAAAUGUCUCACAACAGUCAGCUCCUGUCCAAUCACUGGCCCCCUGCAGCCGGGCGGCGCCGGAGGAGACGUGCCUGGGCGGGAGGUUUUGGCGGGAGCGUGCGUGGGAGGUCACCGGCGACCUGGCCGACAGCGACUCACCGGGCGUGAACAUCGAGAUCACCUCUGUGGACUCAGACACCGCCUCCGCCUCCUCCGUCACCUCCGGCUACGAGAGCGCUGCGCCCGCCUCCGACCGCUGCUGGGAGAACCUGGUGAAGAAGUACGACGGCGUGCUGCAGCACUGCCUCCAAAACAACCGCGCCCACGCCAAGAUUGAGUCCGUGACGGUGAAGCUGCAGGGGCUUCAGCAGAAAGCCAUCCUGGAUGACGACUAUGACGCAGCGGAGCGUUUUGGGACGAAGCUGGAGGAUCUGUACCGGGAGCGGGGCGCGCUGAAGCUGGGUUUACCCUCGAGACAGCCCAGCGUGGAGGUGUUUCUGGAGCGGCUGAGACGGGUGGUGCACAGCGUCCUCCAGCGGGCAGACUGCGCUCAGUGCAGGGAGACCAGCGGGCCCGAUGCAAAGGAGCGGUCCGACUCAUCGCGCGGGUCACUGCAGCGAAGAGACUGCCUGAUCCGAGAGAAGCGGAUGGUGGAGGAGGAGAUGGAAGAGCUGCAGCGGAGGCUGACGGAGCUGAAGGAGCGCAGCCGAUGCCUGGGGCAGCGGAUCCAGCAGGAGGAGCAGCAGGUGGAGGCCGAGGAGCUGGAGGGCUCCGUGCUGAGGAGCUGCACCGUCGCCCAGCUCCGCGACUUGAGCCGAACGCUGCAGGACCUCGUGGCCUCUGAAAGCCGCGCGCAGAUCUCCGUCUCUCCUCCGCCCUCCCUGCUCAGACUCCAACAGCAGCAGCAAGAAUUGAAUUUGUCCAUCAAGGAAGUCACUGCUAAAGUAAGCCACUGUGUUCUGAAUCAAAAGCUGGGCAGCAUCCUGAGGAGGAAAGCCACGAGAACGAAACUCAGCUCUGGCUCUGCACGAAGCCAAAUGGGAAGCCUCUCCGGUAAUGACUUCAGCAGUGCCAAGGAGCUGAAGGCCGAGAUGAAGGCGGUGUUCCUGGAGAGGGACCGGCUGGACGCUCUGGCUAAGAGGCUGCACAGCCUCAGCUGGGGGAGCAGCCAGGAGCUGGGCAGGAUGAAGGAGCAGCGGCAGCAGCUCAGGGAGGAGCUGGAGCAGAGGGAGGCCCAGCACGAAAGCAGGCUGGAGGAGAACACUACCAAGUACGUCAAGUUACUGGAGGACAGAUUGCACAGCUGUGGCUGUCCGGGCUUGGAGCGGAUCUGGGACGCCGACCUGGAGGCCUGUCACCUGUUCUUGCGAGGCCUCCAGCUGCGGACCCCCCGCUGCAGCGGAGGAGACGUCGAGGACCCCCCCGCUGCAGCGGUUCAUCCUCCAACCCGGCCGUGCACCAAAGAAGAAGAAGAAGAAGACUGUGCCAUGCUGACUGCGCUCGGCGGGCGCUGGUGUCCCGAGGCCAACCUGCAGAACUCCGAGUUCACAAAGAAAUUGGAGGAGUUUUUGUUCUGCAUGGAGGAGAAUCACGCCGAGGAUGGCUGCAGCGAGACGGCGGACCUGACAGAGCGCUGCGAGCUGAUCAGUGAUAGGCUGCUGACCUUGGAAGAUGAAUUGCAGACGGCCGUACUGAACCGGGACUGUGUCCUUACCCAGUCGUUGGAAAGGGAGGUUCAGGAAGUAAAAGCCACUUUACAAGCCAUGCUUGCACAGCUGAAAGAGGAAGAAGAGGGGGAAGAGGAAGUGAACGGGUUACAAGAUGAUGACCUCAUGAGGAACGGGACUACAGAAGAAGAGGAAGAAGACGAGGAGGAUGAGGAGGAGGACCAGUACUUUAGUGACAGCUGGGGCGUUUGAAAUGGAUUCAUGUAGGGUUUUAUGACCACUCACACACAGACGCGCUCUCUGAGAGCCUGACCUCAGCUUUGCAGCUGGAUUGACCUCUUAUCCAUUUACUGUAAAGCCUCACAAGCAGCCUCUGUGAUACUGCUGAAUGUCUCCAGGACAAAGCCCUGCAGAGCCCGUGGAACCUUUCAUCCAUCUACAGACGGACAAACAUGAAGGAUUUUGGUAGAAUUACUAAAUAGAAGACACUUUAAUACAUUUUCUCAAUCUUUGUCAGCGAGGCACUUUUUUUGGUGUUUUCAGUACAAUUAGACCAGUUAUGUGGCCUUUUAUACGUGAAAUAACUAAUUUGUGGUGCUAUACAGAAUGUGAGCUAACUUGAACACUUUUGUGUACUAAAAGCUCAUAUUUCCUACGAGUGUCAAAGCACUUAUUGCUUGGAGAGAUGCUCUGUAGUCCAUCCGUCCCAAUACUGAAAUAGUCUUAUGAUUCAGGAAAGGAUAAACUAUCAGUGGAAUAUCAGUAAUUGUUUUGUAAGUCUUUGUAACUGCCACUGAUGUUGUUUUAUUGGGUUUAAUAUCAUCACAGAUCUUCAUUCCACUGGGUGUCAUGUGACUUUUUGCCAGAAACACUUUGUACUUGCACCCAUUAAUCAUUUUUUUGUUUAAUUGCCUGUGGAGCUUGAACUCUCUGUAUCUUAUUUCAUAUUUAUUCCUAACGGCAUCCCACUAAUUACAGAUUGCACCUUUCAGCCUCA